ACACCCUCGUUAACCAUAGGCCACAUAAACAGAUGAACUUUACAUCAUCUGCCCUACAGAUCGCAAGGACUGAGAGAGGAUACUUGCUUUACUUAAUUUAUACGAAGAAGAAUCCAAAUUACAUUUAGUUUCGAAUUUUCUUUAAUAAAUUUUGCGUUAGCCUGUUUAUUUCUUAACUCUUUCUCUCCGUAAUUAUUCUUCCACGUUUUGGAAGGAAUCCUUCAUUUUUACUAAUUAUUAUUUUACUACCCUGUUAUGAUUGGGCUACAAUAGCUUUGUGUUGUUUUUAUCAGAAAAUGUUGUAUUUGGUAUAGAAUUAAAGGUAAAAUCCAUGCUUGUUUUAUAUAAUUCAAAGUCAUGUUUAAAAAGUAAACAUUAAUUUAAUUUAAUGAGGUCAAAAUCAACGAUGGUAUCGUCGAUUAGGAGAGAAAGAGUUACAAGAAAAGACUACGGGGCAGGGGGAGUAUUGGACUAGGCAGACACGUGAUGUACUGUUCGGCGUGUGCAAUGUGUGUGAGGACCUUUGGAUGUGGACUUUUAUUUGUUCUGGAUCAGACCUUCAUUGAACACUGAUUGUGUAUUGAACAGAGCGAUAGAACUGAUAAGGCGGGCAGUGAUGGAAGGCGGAACAUGAAGUACACGCGGGCACUUGGUUUAUUUAUAUACUCUCUUUCUCUCUCUCUCUCUCUUUCUCUCUCUCUCCCUUGAAAUUAAAUGCAAUGCUGAGUAAUGGCAGAACGGCAAUGAAAUGGUAUCAGUGAACAGUGUUGGACCAGCCUGGCAAGGGAACCAAUCUGUUCAUUUGUCCCCAUUUUACUAUUUGGAGUAAAAAAAGUUGCUUCGUUACGGCAUCAGCAAAAAGUGUGACUAAACAGUUUGUUCGAUUUACGGAACAAUACUGUGUUAGGUCAAUAUUUCAACUACCAGCGAUACCAAUCACACACCUCCAGACCGCAGCAGUGAACAGAUUUUACUGACCUGUACAUUAUUUAUUUUCAGGUGAAUCAAAUGCUUUGGGUGCAGACGUCACCUGAAAAUAUGGCAGACCGGAAGAGACCUAUCGACUUUCGAAUAAAUGCAUAGAUUCAAUGUUUUCAACCUCGUCAUAGCAAAGAUGGAAGAGAGCUUAUGGCUGGACUAUAGCAUGGGGUGGAGAUUUUUAAAAAGAUAGCUAACAACACUAUCUGUAAUCCAACAAAAAAUGAGGUCAUAACUCAAGGCUGUGUACAAAUAUGGCAGACCUUGGUCAUAACUCCGUUGUGUUCUAAGAUGAGAGGAACAUAUGGCUUCACUGUGUUUUGAGAUGAAUAGGUGCACCAAUGCCACAGUGCAGCUGUGCUCCAAGAUCCAUCACGUUCCAGCGGCCAUGAUGUGUGUUUUUCUCUACAUCUUGCAGGCAUCUGUUCUAGACUACUAUCUUAUUAAUUUCAUCAAUAUCUUGUAUAUCUGCUUCCUGGUGGCAGAUCUCUUCGUCCUUGUUGCUCUGGUAGUAAGCAUCAUCUACGGACACACCAAGAUGGAUCGGCAGAGGUCUGCGGAGCUGGCACAAACUCGAAUGAUGUUCAGCUUGUCUUGGGUCUCCUGGCUACUCAUUAAUAUUAACGCAAGUGCCAAGAUUAUAAUCAUUGUCAAAUACAACGCCUGGCCUGAAGAGAAAGACCCUUCCUUUUUUGGGCCCAAUGUCUUCAAAACUGCCAUCGCUCUAAGUAGCUGCAUCUUUCUCUUUCUGUUGACCACACAGCACGACGCUCCUCUGGGAAGUGACAGGCGGACCUACAUCUCAGAUCUGACGGGCACUGUCGUCUUCGAUAUUUUAGACACCGUGGACAUUCUGGAGGUUUUUUUCACCGAAGAGGACCGAGACCUGCUCUGGAACGGGCUGGAGGAGGUUAUUCUGACCCAAGCGACCAUGAACCUUAUUUUGCCCACCGUUCCUCUUAUCACCCUCAGCCUCACCCACUUCGGGCUGGACAAACCAAAAAGGCCGAUGAUGUAUCUUCAUCGUCUUCUGGUGGUGCUGGUGGUCAACCUCCCCAAUCUUCUGACCAGGAUGAUUCUCUGGCAUGGUCUGAGCGUGGGCAUCUCUCCUUUCACUCUCAAGAACAUCAUACUGAUCGGCAUAGCCAUGUAUGAGUUUUAUGAGCACAAGAAGGAAAAACUGGAGGAUUCAAGGCUGAACUCUCUAGAGAUUGGAGAUAGGAACUUUCAGCAGAAGGAUGUUAAGAGGGGGCAUCUAGGCUCCCUAACAGACACUUCCACAGAGCCUCGUUCUAAAGUGCCAGAAAUUAGCAUCGAGCUGGAAGAGACCGCGGGAAAGCAAGUAUCAGAAGACAAUUUAGAGCCUAAAAUAUAUAAAUGUGUUCCAAGAGUGAGUUUGGUUUAAGACUUCAUACGAAUUAUAACGCACUCUCCUUAACAUUAUAAGACUCGGAAGUCGGAGAUGACGUAAUUAUUGUAGUUAUUGCAUUUAAUUAUUUUUGAGUUUAUCUAGUUUUUAUAAAUCUUUAAUGUUUUUUUUUUGUGUGAUUCGUUUUGAUAUUUGAUAACUAUUUUUAUAACAAUUUUUUAUAGUUGUAUAUAAUAGAUCUGUUUAAUUUGUGUUGCUAACAGUAACCCGCAAUGCAAAAAAAAAAUAUAUAUAUUAUCUUUUCUCAUCUCAUUUCAAUAGUUUUAUUCACAUGAGCUGCCAGAUCUGGCCAUUUUUUAACGGAGCUAUUGUUUCUUUUUUUCCAUAAUUUUUUUCCCCUGCCAAUAUUACAUCGGAAGUGACGAGGGAAGUUAGUAAAGAAUUCGGGCAUUUCUGUUUUGCAGUCUCUAAUACCCACAUUUGUUUUCAUAAAAUCAUUAAUAGUAAUAAUUAUAAUGUUGAUUUUAUUGUUGGAUUUAUAGAGCUUAUAUAAUGUUUCCCUGUUUAUAUGUUCCAUGUCAGGUCUAUAUGUAUGAGGACACUGGAAUUAUUCCUUUAAAAUGUCGCUAUAUAAAAUGAUAUUUACUUUUAUGGUGGAUUGUUUACAAUAGAAUGAAAAGGAAAGGGCGGUGUCCCAAAUAUUAAUUACAUUGAAAUACAUCGAAACGUUAUAACUUCAUGUAAAGAAUGUAAAGAAAAGUUUCAUUCGAAGAUUUUUGUACAAACAUGUCAAGCAUAAUAGGCCUGUAGCAUGCUCGGAAGAAGUAUAAUGCAGCCCCAGAUUUACGACAGUGUCUCUACCAAGGGGCUUAUCCUCCACAAACUUAAAAAAAUAUAUGCACGUUUUAAAACUAAAGCAUGCCUAUUAAAUAUUUUUUGAAAGGAAAGUGAGACUAUAAAAAUUAUAUUUCUUCUAAAUGUAUUUUCAUUGAUAAGUGUAUCUUUAUGAAAGGGUAUCUCCGGCCCUGAUUAGGCGAAAAUAUUAAGGAGAACUCUUUUUGACUUGACUGUGCUGUAACGUAUGCAGCUUGUCAAGUUCGACACUUAAAAGCUCACAAACAAUUAUAAAUUACAAUGUUAAAAAGUGGAGAUUUGAUAUAGAAUGUAAAUGAAUUCUUUAAAAUACAUCUCAUGUUGACCAUGCUUAAUAAAACGAAUUAAUAAUUUAAUCGAUCAUUAACUUCCUGUAUUCUAUGUUUACUCACGUGCAACCGGUGAUCUAGACCAUAGACUGGCAUAGAGUAUAGAUUAUAUAUGUACUCUAUGAUCUAGACAUAUGUGAUUCACAAGAAAAGAGAGAGAGAGAGAGAGAAACUGAAUCUACUGAUAUACUGUUCAAACAAUUUUGCGUAUUACAUCAAUAAAAAAGAUAUUUA